AUGUUGAUAUUUCAUCUAUUCCUCUCCUCCCUUUCUCUUCAGUUUACAUUUUUUUUUUUUAUCUUUCCCUUUUGCUAUUGCAGCGAUUUUACUUUAUAUUUCUUUCUCUUAUUCUUUCCUCUGGUAAUUCCUUCGCUUUUUCUUUCUUUUUACCUCUUCCACAUCAUUUCUUUCUCUUAUUCUUUCCUCUGGUCAUUCCUUCGCUUUUCUUUUUUUUUUUUACAUCAUUCAUUUCUUUCCCUUUACUCUUUUUACUUAUUUUUCUUUCCUUCUUCCACAUCAUUUCUUUCUCUUUUUCUUUCCUUUAAGUCCUUUGUAUUUUUUUUAUUUUUUAUUCCACAACAUUUCUUUCCCUUACUCUUUACUCUGGUAAUUCCUUCGUUUUUCUUUCUUUGUACUUUUCCACAUUUUCUUUCUCUUUAUUCUUUCCUCCACAUCAUUUUUUUUUUUUUUACUUCUUCCACAUCAUUUCUUUCCUUUCCUCUGUCAUUUUUUUUUUUACCUCUUCCAUUUUUUCCCUUAUUCUUUCCUCUGGUCAUUUUUUUUCUUUUUUUACUUUUUUUCUUUCCUUUUUUUUUCUUCUUCCACCACAACAUUUCUUCAUUUCUUUCCCUUUUUUGUUUUUUUUCCUCUGGUAAGUCCUUUGUAUUUUUUUUGUUUUUUACCUCUUCCACAACAUUUCUUUUCCUUACUCUUUUUACUCUGGUAAUUCCUUCCUUUUUUCUUUUCUUUGUACUUCUUCCACAUCAUUUCUUUUUCUUUUACAUCUUUCCUCUGGUAAGUCCUUUGUAUUUUUUGUUUUUUACCUCUUCCACAACAUUUCUUCCCUUUUUUCUUUCUUUGUACUUCUUCCACAUCAUUAAUUCCUUCGCUUUUUCUUUUCUUUGUACUUCUUUUUUUUACCUCAUCCACAUCAUUUCUUUCCCUUAUUCUUUCCUCUGGUCAGUCCUUUGUAUUUUUUUUUUUUUUUUUUUUUUUCUUUCCACAACAUUUCUUUUCCUUUACUCUUUCCUCUGUCCUUUUGUAUUUUUUUGUUUUUUACCUCUUCCACAACAUUUCUUUCCCUCUUUUUCUUUCCUCUGGUUUUUUUUCUUUCUUUGUAUUCUUCCUAUUUCUUUCUCUUAUUCUUUUCCUUUCUUUUUACCUUCCACAACAUUUCUUUCCCUUCUUUUUUCCUUUUACUUCUUCCAAGUUUCCUUUGUAUUUUUUCUUUUUUUUUUACUCUUCCUUUGUAUUUUUUUUUUUUUUACCUCUUCCACAACAUUUUUUCCCUUUUACUCUGGUUUUUCCUUCAUCAUUUCUUUUUCUUUAUUUUCUCUUUUUUUUUUUUUACCUCUAAUUUCUUCUUCCUUUAAUUCACAUCAUUUCUUUCUUAUUCUUUCCUCUGGUAAGUCCUUUGUAUUUUUUUGUUUUUUUUUUCCUUACUCUUCCACAACAUUUCUUUCCCUUUUUACUCUUUUACCACAACCUCCUUCGCUUUUUCUUUCUUUUUUACUUCUUCCACAUCAUUUCUUUCUCUUAUUCUUUCCUCUGGUAAUUCCUUUUGUAUUUUUUUGUUUUUUACCUCUUCCACAACAUUUCUUUCCCUUACUCUUUACUCUGGUAAUUCCUUCCUUUUUUCUUUUCUUUUUACCUCAUCCACAUCAUUUCAUUCCCUUACUCUUUCCUCUGGUAAUCCUUUGUAUUUUUUUGUUUUUUACCUCUUCCACAACAUUUCUUUCCCUUACUCUUUACUCUGGUAAUUCCUUCGCUUUUUCUUUCUUUUUACUUCUUCCACAUCAUUUCUUUCUCUUAUUCUUUCCUCUGUCCUUUGUAUUUUUUUUUUUUUUACCUCUUCCACAACAUUUCUUUCCCUUACUCUUUACUCUGGUAAUUCCUUCUUUUUUUUUUUUUUUUUACUUCUUCCACAUCAUUUCUUUCUCCUUAUUCUUUCCUCUGGUAAGUCCUUUGUAUUUUUUUUUUUUUUUUACCUCUUCCACAACAUUUCUUUCCCUUACUCUUUUACUCUGUCCUUUGUAUUUUUUUUCUUUUUACCUCUUCCACAACAUUUCUUUCCUCUUAAUUCCUUCUUUUUUCUUUCUUUUUAACUUCUUCCACAUCAUUUCUUUCUCUUUAUUCCUUCCUCUUUUUUGUAUUUUUUGUUUUUUACCCUUCCACAACAUUUCCCCUUACUCUUUACUCUGUCCUUUGUAUUUUUUUGUUUUUUACCUCUUCCACAACAUUUCUUUCCCUUUACUUUUUUACUCUGGUAAUUCCUUUCUGCUUUUUCUUUCUUUUUUACUUCUUCCACAUCAUUUCUUUCCCUUAUUCUUUCCUCUGGUAAGUCCUUUGUAUUUUUUUGUUUUUACCUCUUCCACAACAUUUCUUUCCCUUACUUUUACUCUGGUAAUUCCUUCUGCUUUUUUCUUUUUUGUACUUCUUCCACAUCAUUUCUUUCUCUUAUUCUUUCCUCUGGUAAGUCCUUUUGUAUUUUUUUGUUUUUUUUUCCACAACAUUUUUUCACAACAAUUUUUCUUUUUUUCUUUUUUUUUUACUUCUUCCACAUCAUUUCUUUCCCUUACUCUUUCCUCUGUCCUUUGUAUUUUUUUGUUUUUUUACCUCUUCCACAACAUUUCUUUCCCUUACUCUUUUUACUCUGGUAAUUCCUUCGCUUUUUUCUUUUCUUUUACUUCUUCCACAUCAUUUCUUUCCUUAUUCUUUCCUCUGGUAAUCCUUUUGUAUUUUUUUUUUUUUACCUCUUCCACAACAUUUCUUUCCCUUACUCUUUACUCUGGUAAUUCCUUCCUUUUUCUUUUUUUGUACUUCUUCCACAUCAUUUCUUUCUUUAUUCUUUCCUCUCUGGUAAGUCCUUUGUAUUUUUUUUUUUUUACCUCUUCCACAACAUUUCUUUCCCUUACUUUUUUUCUGGUAAUUCCUUUUCGCUUUUUCUUUUCUUUGUACUUCUUCCACAUCAUUUCUUUCCCUAUUCUUUCCUCUGGUAAGUCCUUUGUAUUUUUUUUUUUUACCUCUUCCACAACAUUUUUUCCCUUUUUUUUUUUCUUAUUCUUUCCUCUUUUCUUUUUUUUUGUACUUCUUCCACAUCAUUUCUUUUCUUUAUUCUUUCCUCUGGUAAGUCCUUUGUAUUUUUUUGUUUUUUUACCUCUUCCACAACAUUUCUUUCCCUUACUCUUUUACUCUGGUAAUUCCUUCCUUUUUUUUUUUCUUUUUACUUCUUCCACAUCAUUUCUUUCCCUUAUUCUUUCCUCUGGUAAUCCUUUGUAUUUUUUUUGUUUUUACCUCUUCCACAACAUUUCUUUCCUUACUCUUUACUCUGGUAAUUCCUUCCUUUUUCUUUCUUUUGCUUCUUCCACAUCAUUUCUUUCUCUUAUUCUUUCCUCUGGUAAGUCCUUUUGUAUUUUUUUGUUUUUACCUCUUCCACAACAUUUCUUUCCCUUACUCUUUUACUCUGGUAAUUCCUUCUUUUUCUUUCUUUUUACUUCUUCCACAUCAUUUCUUUCCUUACUCUUUCCUCUGGUAAUCUUUCUUUUUUGUUUUUUACUUUCCACAUCAUUUCUUUCUCUUAUUCUUUCCUCUGGUAAGUCCUUUUGUAUUUUUUUUUUUUUUUACCUCUUCCACAACAUUUCUUUCCCUUACUCUUUUACUCUGGUAAUUCCUUCCUUUUUCUUUUUUUUUUUACUUCUUCCACAUCAUUUCUUUCCCUUAUUCUUUCCUCUGGUAAGUCCUUUGUAUUUUUUUUUUUUUUACCUCUUCCACAACAUUUCUUUCCUUACUCUUUACUCUGUUAAUUCCUUCCUUUUUUUCUCUUUUUUCUUUUUUCCUUACUUUUACUCUGUCUUCCUUCGCUUUUUUCUUUUUUUGUACUUUUCCACAUCAUUUCUUUCUUUUCCUUUGUAUUUUUUUUUUUUUACCUCUUCCACAACAUUUCUUUCCCUUACUCUUUUACUCUGUCCUUUUGUAUUUUUUGUUUUUUACCUCUUCCACAACAUUUCUUUCCUUACUCUUUACUCUGGUAAUUCCUUCGCUUUUUCUUUCUUUGUACUUCUUCCACAUCAUUUCUUUCUCUUAUUCUUUCCUCUGGUAAGUCCUUUGUAUUUUUUUGUUUUUUACCUCUUCCACAACAUUUCUUUCCCUUACUCUUUACUCUGUCCUUUGUAUUUUUUUGUUUUUUACCUUUUUUUUCCUCUUCCACAAUUCCUUUUUUUCUUUCUUUUUACUUCUUCCACAUUUCUUUCCUUUACUCUUUCCUCUGGUAAUUCCUUUUGUAUUUUUUUGUUUUUUACCUCUUCCACAACAUUUCUUUUCCUUACUUUUUACUCUGGUAAUUCCUUUUUUUUUUUCUUUUUACUUCUUCCACAUCAUUUCUUUUUUUUAUUCUUUCCUCUGGUAUUUUUUUUUAUUUUUUUUUUUUUUACCUCUUCCACAACAUUUCUUUCCCUUACUCUUUACUCUGGUAAUUCCUUCCUUUUUUCUUCUUUUUUACUUCUUCCACAUCAUUUCUUUCUCUUAUUCUUUCCUCUGGUAAGUCCUUUGUAUUUUUUUGUUUUUUACCUCUUCCACAACAUUUCUUUCCCUUACUCUUUACUCUGUCCUUUGUAUUUUUUUGUUUUUUACCUCUUCCACAACAUUUCUUUCCUUACUCUUUACUCUGGUAAUUCCUUCGCUUUUUCUUUCUUUUUACUUCUUCCACAUCAUUUCUUUCUCUUAUUCUUUCCUCUGUCCUUUGUAUUUUUUUGUUUUUUACCUCUUCCACAACAUUUCUUUUCCCUUACCUUUACUCUGGUAAUUCCUUCCUUUUCUUUCUUUUUUACUUCUUCCACAUCAUUUCUUUCCCUUACUCUUUCCUCUGUCCUUUGUAUUUUUUUUUUUUUUACCUCUUCCACAACAUUUCUUUCCCUUACUCUUUCCUCUGGUAAUUCCUUCGCUUUUUCUUUCUUUUUACUUCUUCCACAUCAUUUCUUUCCCUUACUCUUUCCUCUGGUAAUCCUUUGUAUUUUUUUUGUUUUUUUUCCUCUUCCACAACAUUUCUUUCCCUUACUUUUUACUCUGGUAAUUCCUUUUUUUUUUUUUUUUACUUCUUCCACAUCAUUUCUUUCUCUUAUUCUUUCCUCUGGUAAGUCCUUUUGUAUUUUUUUUUUUUACCUCUUCCACAACAUUUCUUUCCCUUUACUCUUUACUCUGGUAAUUCCUUCGCUUUUUUCUUUCUUUUUACUUCUUCCACAUCAUUUCUUUCUCUUAUUCUUUCCUCUGGUAAGUCCUUUGUAUUUUUUUUUUUUUUUCUUCCACAACAUUUCUUUCCCUUACUUUUACUCUGUCCUUUGUAUUUUUUUGUUUUUUACCUCUUCCACAUUUCUUUCCUCUUUUACUCUGGUAAUUCCUUCGCUUUUUCUUUCUUUUUACUUCUUCCACAUCAUUUCUUUCUUUUCUUUCCUCCCUUUGUAUUUUUUUUUUUUUUACCUCUUCCACAACAUUUCUUUCCCUUACUCUUUUUCUGGUAAUUCCUUCUUUUUUUCUUUCUUUUUACUUCUUCCACAUCAUUUCUUUCUCUUAUUCUUUCCUCUGGUAAGUCCUUUGUAUUUUUUUUUUUUUUUUACCUCUUCCACAACAUUUCUUUCCCUUACUUUUACUCUGGUAAUUCCUUCCUUUUUUCUUUUCUUUUUACUUCUUCCACAUCAUUUCUUUCCUUUAUUCUUUCCUCUAGUAAUCCUUUGUAUUUUUUUUUUUUUACCUCUUCCACAACAUUUCUUUCCCUUACUCUUUACUCUGGUAAUUCCUUCUUUUUCUUUUUCUUUUUUUACUCUUCCACAUCAUUUCUUUUUCUUUAUUCUUUCCUCUGGUAAGUCCUUUGUAUUUUUUUUUUUUUUUUUACCUCUUCCACAACAUUUCUUUCCCUUACUCUUUACUCUGGUAAUUCCUUCGCUUUUUCUUUUCUUUUUUACUUCUUCCACAUCAUUUCUUUCCUUUAUUCUUUCCUCUGUCUUUUUUUUUUUUGUUUUUUACUUCUUCCACAUCAUUUCUUUCCUUCUUUUUUCUCUGGUAAUUCCUUUUGUUUUUUUUUGUUUUUUUCUUCCACCUCUUUCUUUCAACAUUUCUUUCCUCUUAAGUCCUUUUGUAUUUUUUGUAAUUCCUUUCUUUCCCUUUUUUUUACUUUUUCUUUUUUUUACUUCUUCCACAUCAUUUCUUUUCUUAUUCUUUCCUCUGUCCUUUGUAUUUUUUUUUUUUUACCUCUUCCACAACAUUUCUUUCCCUUACUCUUUUACUCUGGUAAUUCCUUCGCUUUUUUUCUUUUCUUUUUUUCUUCCACAUCAUUUCUUUCCCUUACUCUUUCCUCUGGUAAGUCCUUUGUAUUUUUUUUUUCUUUUUUACCUCUUCCACAACAUUUCUUUCCUUUACUCUUUUACUCUGGUAAUUCCUUCUUUUUUCUUUCUUUUUUACUUCUUCCACAUCAUUUCUUUCUCUUUAUUCUUUCCUCUGGUAAGUCCUUUGUAUUUUUUUUUUUUUUUUACCUCUUCCACAACAUUUCUUUCCUUUACUCUUUACUCUGGUAAUUCCUUCGCUUUUUCUUUCUUUGUACUUCUUCCACAUCAUUUCUUUCUCUUAUUCUUUCCUCUGGUAAGUCCUUUGUAUUUUUUUGUUUUUUACCUCUUCCACAACAUUUCUUUCCUUUACUCUUUUUACUCUGGUAAUUCCUUCCUUUUUCUUUCUUUGUACUUCUUCCACAUCAUUUCUUUCCCUUAUUCUUUCCUCUGUCCUUUGUAUUUUUUUUUUUUACCUCUUCCACAACAUUUCUUUCCCUUACUCUUUACUCUGGUAAUUCCUUCCUUUUUUUUUUUCUUUGUACUUCUUCCACAUCAUUUCUUUCUCUUAUUCUUUCCUCUGGUAAGUCCUUUGUAUUUUUUUUGUUUUUUACCUCUUCCACAACAUUUCUUUCCCCUUACUCUUUACUCUGGUAAUUCCUUCCUUUUUUCUUUCUUUUGUACUUCUUCCACAUCAUUUCUUUCUCUUAUUCUUUCCUCUGUCCUUUGUAUUUUUUUGUUUUUUACCUCUUCCACAACAUUUCUUUCCCUUACUCUUUACUCUGGUAAUUCCUUCGCUUUUUCUUUCUUUGUACUUCUUCCACAUCAUUUCUUUCUCUUAUUCUUUCCUCUGUCCUUUGUAUUUUUUUUUUUUUUACCUCUUCCACAACAUUUCUUUCCCUUACUCUUUCCACUAUUAAUCCUUCGCUUUUUCUUUCUUUUUACCUCUUCUACGUCAUUUGUUUCUCUUCCUCUUUCCUCUGGUAAUUCUUUCGGUAUUUUUCUUUCUUUUCACCUCAUCAACAUCAUUUCUUUCUCUUACUCAUUCCUCUGUAAUUCCUUCACUUUCUCUUUCUUUUUACCUCUUCCACAUCAUUUCUUUCUCUUACUCUUUCCUCUGCUAUCUCCGUAUUCUUUCUCCCUGUUUUCCUUUUCAUCUCAAAUAUCAUUAUUUUUAUUGUUUACUCCCUUUCUUUUUCUCUUUUAUUUUCCUUAUUAUUUCCAUUCUAUAAGUAUUUCUUCUAACAAGUCUUGA